AUGUUCCCCGACUGGUUGUCGAUCCGUAUAGCGCUCAGGAUAGCGAUUGGCUUCCUAACUCUCAUCGCACCGCUCGCUUUCCUCGUCGUCGGCUUCACGCUCAAGUAUACCUGGCCAGCGCCGUUCCUGGCCCUUGUCGCUCCUCACUGGACGAUUGCACAUCCUCGCUUGGCCUGGACAUUCAAUGUCUAUGCUGCAUCGGAGGUCGGCUUCUGGUUCACAGACCGGGCAGUGCGCUACUGGGUCGAGCACAGCGGCAGAGGCGCUCCAGCUCUAUCACAAGAGGAGCGAUGGGAGCUUGUCAGAAAGGUGGCGGGAGCGGAGGAAGAUACUUGGAACGGCUUCCUCGCAAGCUGGUUCACCUACAAGCAUAACGUCCUACCGUCCAGCGAGUCCAAGCCGAGCGAACACUCUGACGAAGGCGCGUCAGGCUCCAACGAGGAGGCCGGUCGAGCGACAAAGGACGAUGCGAGCACGCAAGGCAACGGCCGCUUCAGAGCUCGUGACUGGCGCAACGAGGACCAUCACGCGUACGUUCGUGAGAUCGAACACCCCCGCGUAGGAGCCGAGAAGGAGGACGUGGGCCAUGACGAUGUCGCAGAAUGGCUCAGCGCGAUGUUCUUCAAUCGCACCCUGACAGAGCUGCGCAAAGACGACCAGCUUUCCGAGGAGCUCGACAGCAUGGUGAUCUACCUCGCCUCGGGCAUGCAGCCGCCCAACUAUACCUUUCAGACAGGCCGCUCGGGCAAAGUCACCUCGUUCAAGCCUUACUUUGAUCGCUUCCGUACGCGACAUUGUCCUCUCCUGUUCUAUGCAUGUACUUCACUACUCGCUCAAGGCGGUGAUCUCAUCAUGUGGCUCUGCGGCUUUCGUCACUACGGUCAAGCAUCUGGCCUGAUGCUGCCGCCUGUCUUCAUGAGAAGAUCGCUGUCGGCCGAUGCGAGAGCACGUCUGCCGGAGCCCAGGACUGAGCAAGAGAUCUCCGACAAGAAUCUGGCCAAGCGGGUUGGCUAUUGGUAUUAUCCAGGUGCAAAGGGAAAGGAGAAUGCUUUGCCAAUCGUGUACAUGCACGGCAUGAGUGGAACGUAUGGUCCACUUGCAUUCAUCAUCAUGCUCGCGAGGAUCACCGGCAGACCGGUCUUCAUUCCCGAAUUCCCAUACGUCAUGAUGAGACUGCAUUGGCCCGGCUUGAUCAUCGUGAGGCGGCAGACCGCGCUCGCCGUCAAAGCAAUGCUUGCUGCUCGCGGCUUCAAGCAGAGCAUCAUGGUGGGCCAUUCGCUCGGCUCCGUGCCGCUUGCCUGGCUCAGACACGACGCGCCUGAGCUGUGUGCAGGCGCUGUGCUGGUCGAUCCUUCCAGCAUCGUGCUCCACAGAGCCCAUUGCUGUCGCAACUUCUUCCGUCAGAACCCACGCACGGCGGCCUCGAUCUUCUUUGAAUAUUUCGCCAAAGAGCGCGCCAUGGGUCACUUCAUGGGCAGGCAUCUCGAAUUUUCCGAUUCGAUGCUGUUCGCUCCCACUCACGUCAGACCACCUCCACCUAUACCCCCACAAUAUAUCACCCACGAACGCACAGAGGCCAACAAGAAUCACGUCUACGGACCGACACUGCCCGACAAGCAAUAUGUGACCGUCUAUGUCUCCUGCAACGAUUGUAUCGUGCCAGCUGAUCUCGUCAAACAAUACUGCGACAAGACAGGCAUCGACUGUGUCGAGAUGGAACAUCUCGAUCACGCCACUGUCCUCUUUUCACCCUACUGGCUGAAGACCAUCUGUCAUCGGACUGAGGAGAUCAGUGCGGAUCUAGAAAGCGCGCUACGAGAGACUAAGGCUCGCUGA